AAUUCAUCUCCACAAACCCCCUCUAUCUCCUAAAAACCAUGAAAUUAAUCCUCACCGGCACGACCGGCUUCAUCGGCCACUCCAUCCUAACAGAAUGUCUCCAAAACCCGUCCAUAACAUCCAUCAUCGCUCUCUCCCGCCGCGCCCUCCCCGCGACCGUCACCUCGAACCCCAAACUCACUGUCCGAAUUCACGAUGAUUUUCUUACGUAUCCGGAUUCUUUACUCCGGGAUUUAGAGGGCGCGGAGGGGUGUAUUUGGGCCCUAGGAACCAACCGAGGCGACACCAGCACUUCCCGGCGAAUUAAUAUUGAGUAUACAAUGGCCGCGAUCCGAGCAUUCGACAAAUAUCUCGCCCCUGAUACCCCAGGGAAAAAGUUCAGAUUCGUAUACAUAAGUGGCGGCAUGGCGGAGCGGGAUCAGAAUCGGACGUUAUGGGUUGCGGGGGGGUUGAGGAAGGUUAGGGGCCAAGUUGAGAAUGAACUCAUUGCGUACGAGAGGGGUAGUGAGGGCGUGGAGGUGUAUAUUGCGCGACCGGCGAUGGUUCUGGAGCGAGGCUGGAGUGUCAGGACGGUGGUGUUUGGGUUGGGACCGUCGAUUUGGGUGGAUGUUUUGGGGAGGGUGUUGGUGGAUGUUGUGGUUAGGGGUGCGGAUGGGCAGAGGGAGUUGGAGAAUGAGAGGUUGGUUAGGUGGGAUUGCAGUUGAUGGUAUAAUAUCGUUGUGGUAAGUAUAUAGUGGCUAUUGUUAUGUGUUGUUAAUGG